AUGCAGGACCCCGUAACACGUAAGGUGGCGGUCAUCGGUGCCGGUAUGAGUGGCGUGCUGAGCGCUGCUCAUCUCCAACGCGUCGGACUCAGGGUGACAGUUUUUGAGAGGAAUCAGCAAGUCGGGGGAAUAUGGUUAUAUUGCAAAGACGCCGCCAUCGAACCCGAGUAUCCAUGCAGCAACCCAUCCCACAUAGAACGAAUUGGCUGGGACAAAAGAAGCGGCAAGAUUCGACAGAGGAUUCUCCACGCGCCGCCGGGGUCAGCAAUGUCACCAGAAAGAGCUUUACCGAAGACCGUGCUGAUGAUGCCAAGGCCAUGCUACGAUAAUCUCGCGACGAAUAUUGCGACGCCUCUGGUGCAGACAACUCUCAACCCUUGGCCAAAGGACACGCCAGACUUUGUGCAUCACUGUAAAGUAAAGGAAUACGUUCAAGAGACAUCCGAACGGAUUGGAAUGAGAAAAGUGACUGUCUUCGGGGCUUACGUCACCAAUGUGUACAAGCACGGCCCCAAGUGGAAUGUGAAUUGGAAAGUUUUGCAGGACAGAGCAGAAACGGGAGAACUGGUUGAGAUUUGCCAUCAUGAGGUGUUUGACGCAGUCGUAGUUGCAUCAGGGCACUAUGACGCGCCCCGGAUUCCCGACAUUCCGGGUCUCGUCGAGGCAAAGGCAGGCUGGCCCGCGCGCGUUCUCCAUUCAAAGUCUUUUAGAAACGGCGCGAGAUUCGAGGGACAGAACGUGCUUUUGGUAGGUGGAGGCGUGUCAUCGACAGAUAUUGCGCGGGAAAUCAGCGACAGCGCCCAAACAAUUUAUCAGAGCACUCGGAACGGCAGCUUCGACAUGCCAGCCAGCAAGCUGCCGGCAAACGCAUCCAGGGUCUCGGAGGUUGUCGCAAUCGGGACGACGCCCCCGGAUUCGCCGGCGCCCACGGACUCGCCAUUCACAAUAUAUUUGAAAUGCAAUAGAGUGCUGCAUGGUAUUGACGCCAUCGUGUUUUGUACAGGCUACCAUGUCACAGUGCCUUUUCUGCCUCAGUAUCACAAUCAUUCUAUUACGCCGCAGCAGGCCGACGACAAAGUAUUGAUAACUGAUGGGAGCCAAGUCCAUAACUUGCACCAGGACAUCUUUUACAUGCCGGACCCUACAUUGGCCUUUGUUGGAAUACCCAUUUUCAACACGACCUUCUCGCUUUUUGAGUUCCAGGCGAUAGCUGUCGCUGCCUUCCUUUCCGGCAUUGCACGCCUCCCUUCAAUGGAUGUCCUGAGAGUAGAGUACGAUGAUCGGGUCAGACUGAAAGGGUAUGGGCGGCGGUUUCAUAUUCUUGGGGAUGAGGAGGAAUCGUAUGUGAGUCGUUUGAUAAACUGGGUAAAUGGUGGUAGGAGCAGCCGUGGGCUGCCCUUGAUCAAUGGCCAUACGGAGGCAUGGAAGGAAGCGAAGCAACAGGUGGAUCUGGAAAUUCUUAAGCUGAGAGCUCUGAAAGUCGCAGAGUCUUCCAAAGAACAGACCUUUGCACAGAGCGCAGGCAGCCACUGA